ACAACCUGCAUUUAGGGACCUGGUUGGUAGUAGCAAGGUUAGGAGGACAGCAAAACGAUGGAGAAAGGAGAGGAGAUGGAAGUGGAGAUGGAAACGGUCACGAAGCAGAAGCUGAUGCCAGAACCACCGGUGGACCAUCUUCCUCCGUUGCCUCCUGCCCCGGGCUGUUGUCCUUGCUGCGACUGUUGUGGCUGUUGCGACUGUUGCGGCUGCUGCGAGAGCUUCCCGCUGCCUCUGCCAGGCCUCGGAGGGUGCUGCUCCGGGUGCGGAUCCUGCCCCGGAUGCUGCUGCUGCCCCUGUUGCGGUGGCGGCUGCUGCCGGCUGCUCUGUUCCCUGCCCAAGCUCCUCUGCCGCCUGCCCCAGCUGCCCAGCUGCCCCAUCAACAUCAAGCGCUUCCUGAUCAUCCUCAUUGUGGUGGUCGUGGUGGUGGUCAUCAUCGUGGCUGUCCUCCUCAUGGGGCUCUUCGUCACCCAGGGACACACCCAGGCGGUUUUGCAAAUGACUAUUGAAGGCCACGGAGAAGACGAUUCGUGGCUAAAUCUGCCCACCGACACAGAAGAAGUGGCCACUUUCGAGGUGGACGAUGGGAACCGUGGUCCUGCAGCAAUCACGUACGACUUUGGCAAGCUCCUCAUUGGUUAUAAACCUUGGCAUGGAGCAGCCUGCUUCCUCACAAAGAUGGAUAAGGGGAACGUUCAAGGUCUGGAUGCUGCUUACAAGGAAUUCCAGAAGGAGGAAGGCAUGAACCUGACCUCGUUGGUGGAUCGAUCCAACUUGGGGACCACGCUGAACAUCCUCUGCAGCCACGUCCCUGUUUUCUGGGCUUAAGCAGGUUCAUGGCAGAAGAUCCAUCUCCGGGUCCUUGAUUCCUCUCCUCGAUAACAGACCAGCAGCCCUGUCUCCGUCGUCUUUUGCUCCGCAGCGUGUUGCAAAUGUUAUGUAAGGUGCAUCUACACAGCAGAAUUAAUGUGGUUUAACACCACUUUAACCAGGGCUCAAUGCUAUGGGAUCCUGGAAGUGGUAGUUUUGCAAAGUUCUGCCCAAGAGUGCUGGGACGUCACCAAACUAUAACUUUCAGGCUUGCAUAGCAUUGCUUCACAGUGUCAUUGCCUAUAAUGGGAGCUGAGCAUCCAUGGAUUUUGGUACAGUAGAGUCUCACUUAUCCAACACUCGCUUAUCCAACAUUCUGGAUUAUCCAACGCAUUUUUGUAGUCAAUGUUUUCAAUACAUCGUGAUAUUUUGGUGCGAAAUUCCUAAAUACAGUACAGUAGAGUCUCACUUAUCCAACAUUCUGGAUUAUCCAACGCAUUUUUGUAGUCAAUGUUUUCAAUACAUCGUGAUAUUUUGGUGCUAAAUUCGUAAAUACCGUAAUUACAACAUAACAUUACUGCGUAUUGAACUACUUUUUCUGUCCAAUUUGUUGUCUAAGAUGAUGUUUUUGUGCUUAAUUUGUAAAAGCAUAACCUAAUUUGAUGUUCAAUAGGCUUUUCCUUAAUCUCUCCUUAUUAUCCAACAUAUUCGCUUAUCCAACGUUCUGCCGGCCCGUUUAUGUUGGAUAAAUGAGACUACAUAGCAUUACUGCAUAUUGAAGUACUUUUUCUGUCAAAUUUGUUGUCUAAGAUGAUGUUUUUGUGCUUAAUUUGUAAAAGCAUAACCUAAUUUGAAGUUUAAUAGGCUUUUCCUUAAUCUCUUCUUAUUAUCCAACAUAUUCGCUUAUCCAACGUUCUGCCGGCCCGUUUACGUUGGAUAAGUGAGACUCUACUGUAUCUAUAUGGGUCUACAUCCCUGCAGACGACAAAAGCUCACUAUACAUGCAUGCAUGUAAAAAUACAUACAUACGUAUAUACAGUUGAUCUGAUAUUAUUUGGCUUUUGCUUUUAAUGCACGCCAAGAAUAGUAGAGCUCUUUCUUUUCUUCCUUCCUUCCUUCCUUCCUGUCCAUUUACACUGUCAAAUUAAUGCAGUUUGAGCCCACUUUAACUGCAGUGGCUCAGUGUUAGUUUGGCAAGGCACGAGCUCUUUUAGGCAGAGAAGGGUAAAGACCUUGUAAAAUUAUAACUCCCAGGACUCCAUAGCACUGAGACAUGGGAAACCGAAUCAAUUCUAUACUGUGAACCUUAUUUUUUAUUCUGAAAUACAGUAGAGUCUCACUUAUCCAACGUUCUGGAUUAUCCAACGCAUUUUUGUAGUCAAUAUUUUCAAUAUAUCGUGAUAUUUUGGUGCUAAAUUCAUAAAUACAGUAAUUACUACAUAGCAUUACUGCGUAUUGAACUACUUUUUCUGCCAAAUUUGUUGUCUAACAUGAUAUUUUGGUGCUUCAUUUGUAAAAUCAUAACCUAAUUUGAUGUUUAAUAGGCUUUUCCUUAAUGCCUCCUUAUUAUCCAAAAUAUUCGCUUAUCCAACAUUCUGCCGGCCCGUUUAUGUUGGAUAAGUGAGACUCUACUGUACGUGGAAACCCUUCCUCUUUUUGUCGGCAGAGGGCAACCUUUGUACAUAUGAUUUGCUUGCCUAUCUAUUCUAGUCUCAUAGAAAUCAAAUAAAGGCAUCAACUGCA